GCCGAACUCAGAUGCCCGUCGCUCUCGGCGAGUGCUGCGGCCAGCUCAGUCCUGACUCCUAGCGGCCAUGCAUUGCAAGCGCCCGUCGCUACUCUUCGCCCAAGAAACUGAAGCGCCGCUGCAGAAGACGGAGAUGGGCAUCAGGAGGCUUCCGCUGUGGGUCUCUCUGCCAUGGCAUCCGCCUUCCCUUGCAGCCCUCUGAGCCGCCGAUUGGCAUUCCGGCGGGCAGGCCACAAAAAAGGAGCGAUGAAAUUCCCGGGCUCCGUACUCGUCUCGCUGUUCCUCUUCGUGGCCGAAACGGCGAUCGCCUUGUACCUAAGCAGCACCUACCGCUCGGCGGGAGACCGCAUUUGGCAGUCGCUGACGCUCCUCUUCGCUCUCUUGCCUUGCAUCCUGGUCCAGUUCAGCCUCGUUUUCAUCCACCGCGACCUCAGCCGGGACAGGCCGCUCGUAUUGUUGCUUCACAUUCUGCAGCUGGGACCCAUUGUCAGGUGCGUGGAAGUUUUUUAUAUUUACUUUCAUGCAGGUAGAGUGGAAGAGCCUUAUGUCAGUAUUUCUAAGAAAAGACAGAUGCCAAAAGAUGGACAUUCAGAAGAAGUUGAGAAAGAAGUAGGCCAGGCAGAGGGGAAGCUGUUUACACACAGAUCUGCAUUUAGCCGAGCAUCAGUGAUUCAAGCUUUCCUAGGAUCGGCACCUCAGCUAACACUUCAGCUUUACAUCUGUGUGCUGCAACAAGAGAUCACAACAGCUAGAAGUAUCUUCAUGAUCCUUUCCCUCCUGUCAAUUGUGUAUGGAGCACUGCGAUGCAAUAUUCUGGCCAUUAAGAUCAAGUAUGACGAUUAUGACAUCAGUGUGAAACCUGCUGCCUACCUUUGCAUUUUCCUCUGGAGAAGCUUUGAGAUUGCAACAAGGGUGAUAGUCCUUGUCCUCUUCAGUUCAGUUCUUCAGAUCUGGAUCCUGCCUGUGGUGUUGGUGAAUUUUUUUGGUUUUUUCUUUUAUCCUUGGAUUCAGUUCUGGCAAAGCAAGUGUACUCUGCCAGAAAACAUAGAAAAGGCCUUGAGAAAAGUAGGCACCACCAUUGUCUUAUGUCUCCUCACUUUCCUGUAUGCUGGCAUCAAUAUGUUUUGCUGGUCAGCGGUGCAGCUGAAGCUUAAUGAUUCUGAUUUAAUUGACAAAUCCCCAAACUGGGGUAAGCUGGCUUUGUACUAUUUGCUGAGAUUCUUUGAGAAUGCUUUUCUCUUAAUAAUGUGGUACACAUAUAAGACAGAUGUCUACACAUAUGUAUGUGCUCCGGUGCUGUUCUUGCAACUACUGAUUGGCUAUUGCAUAGCUGUCCUUUUUAUGCUUGUGUUCUACCAGUUCUGUCAUCCAUGCAAGAAGCUUUUUUCUUCCAAUAUUUACGAAGGAUUGAUAAUAUGCUUCAGGUUUUUUUGUUAUGUCUGCAAACCUCUGACAUUUGGAAACUCUGUAGAAAAGGAGAACUUAAAACCCCCAGAGAAUAUUGAAAAUUAUGCCCUACCUAGUUAUAAGGCAAAUGAAUCCCAAAAUGGAAGCACUCAGCAGAGUGUGUCUUCUAAUGCAUAGAGUGGGUAUCUGAGUCUCACAAGACCCUGCAAAAAUAGCACUUCAGGCCUUCUUUUGGUCAUAAAACAGGUAUAAUAAAUGGGAUGUGUCAACAUUAUACCUUAGGAAAUGUUUGUAAGUUUAUCGUACGCAAUGAGUUUGUACAAAAUUAUUUUCUUUCAAAGCUCUUGUGCUUAUUAAGAAAGAACGCAUGUUUUCCUAGCAAGUUGUUGCAACUUUGGUAUGAUUGUGCAGAAAGUGUGUGGAUAAUGAUAUGCCAACCACUCUUAGUUACAGAUUGUGACUAUUGGUAUUAUGUAGUUCACUGAGCAAUGUCCAGAUGCCAAAGGAUCAAAACUUUGCCCCAGUAGAUCAUGUCAUAUGAUAAUGCAUUGACCAAGUAAUUUACUCUAGAAACAUUCUAGGAUUAAAAAGUGAGAUAGAAAAGGAAGGAGCAGAACAUCAUGGACCUAUUUGUUAUAUCAGGGACAUUCCAAACAAAUCUUAUUUCAUUCUUUGAAAAGUGGCUAAAUUAGUAGAACAGAGAAAUGCUGUGGACAUAGUAUACUUGGACUUUUUAGUCACUUAAAAAUGUGGGAACUAUGGUGAAGCUCCAAGAAAACAUAUCCAACAAUCAUGGAGAGAUAAAAGCAAAGAUGGGAGAAGUGAAAAGUGAUAUCCAGAAGCUGGAUGAGAGAAUGGAUCGAUACAGGAAGCGAUCUAGAAAAACGAUCAAAGAAUAAAAGUAAUUGAAACAAGAACAGAACAAACAGAAAAAAAAUAGAUUUGGUAGACCAGAGAAUGAUAGGGCUGAAUAAGAAUUUAGAAGAUUCAUUGAUACACUUAGAGAUGGACUGGGCUUCAUUUUACCUAAGGUUCCAAAAUGUAACAAAGACUAAGGAAGAAGACCUGGGAAUGGUAAUGGCAGAAUCGAUAGCUGAAGCCCUUCAACGGGAUAAACAAGAGAUUUUAAAUGAGUUGGAUGAAGUCUAUAGAGUGUACACGAAUUACGCAGAUGUCAUAGGUUGCCAAAGGAAGUCCACAUACGAUUUGCCUGGAAGAAAGUUCGAGAUAUUAUCUACAAAAUUACUAAAGAGGAACCGAUGUGAUAUAAGGAUAAAGAAAUCAUAACAUUGAAACAAAUCCCUAGAAGAGUCUGAGAACAAAGAACAAAAUCGCUUUCUGGAAACUCUGCUGAAUAAUUGAAAUAUACUAUUCUGAUGGAUAACUCAGGAAAGAAUGUUGGUAUCCUGGCAGGAUUAAAAAAAUUAAAGUAGAUACCUUAGAUAAGGUGCAAGAAUUUUAUGACCAACUCAUUGGAUCAGAGGAAGAGCAUAGCAGCAAGGAGGAAUUAGAACAGAUGAGCCAAGAAGAAGACUGACAGAUUGUGAAAUGAAAAGACCAGGAGGAAAUAAGUAAGGAAGAGAAAGAACACCAAGAAGAAGAAGGAGUAAGAACAAGGACACAAAGAUAUACAAGGACUAGUAGAAGACUACGACUGGCAUAACAGUAAGAGAAUGAAAAAUGAACUGAAAGUGUAUUCACUAAAUGUUAAUGGACUUAACUCUCCAGUUAAAAGGAAACAAAUAUUCACAAAAUUAGUAAAACAGGAAAUGGAUAUUGUGUGCCUCCAGGAGGUACACAUUAAGAAGCAAGACAAAAAAUAUUUACAAUGUAAUAAAUUGGGGAAAAUUUAGGUAGCUUUGGCGGAAGGGAAAAAAGAGGGGUGGUGGUAUACAUCAGGAAAGGGAUAAAAGUAAAACCAAUAUAUGUAGAUACAAAGGGAAGAGUGCUGAUAAUUGAAAUAAUUUUAGAUCAAAAAAGUCUGUUGCCAGCAGCUAUAUAUGCAACUAAUAACAAUCAAAAGGAAUUCUAUAGAAAAGUUCAUGAAAAGAUUAUAGAGAUAGGAAAAGAGAAUAUAUGUUUAAUUGGUGAUUAUAAUGCAAUUGUAGAUAUAAAGAUUAUGCAAGUGACCAGAAAAAUAAGGAAAAAAAGAAUACUCUUCCAAAACCUUUUUUUGAAAUGGCAGAGGAAUUGCAUUUAAUAGACAUUUGGAGAACCCUUAACCCAGAAGAAAGUAAAUUUACGUUCUACUCUAACCCUCAUAGAUCCUGGUCAAGGAUCGAUAUGAUUUGGAUAAAUGUAGAAUUAUGCAAAGAAAUAGAGGCAGUAGAGAUUUGGCCAAAUACCUGGGCAGAUCAUAAUCUCCUUGUAAUAAUAUGGAAAGGGCAAAAAAAGAAGAGAGGAAGAUGGACAUUGAACCCACAAACUUUAAAACAAAAGGAAUAUAUUAAAUGGAUUACAAAAGAAUUAGAAUUAUUCUUUUAGGUCAAUAAGAAACAACAUACCUCGCUACAAAACUUAUGGGACACAAUGAAGGCGUAUAUAAGAGGACUAAAAUAGCCUAUACUGCUAAGAAAAAUAAGGAGAAAGAGAAAGAUUACAAUACAUUACAGGAGGAGAUCAAACAGUUAGAAGCACAACUACAAAAGAAGCCCGGGGAUGAGCAAAUUAAAAGUAAAAAGGCCCUAGCCAAGCACAAAUUGAAUAUACUGGAUCAGGAGAAAAAUGC